AAACAUGCUAUGGUCGAUGAUUGCUUGGCAUUGUUGCGAGAGAAAGAGUGGAGAGACCCGGCGUUUGAGGCCCACUUGUAUCAUUUGUUGAUCUGCUCGUGCAAAGAGUUCGGUCAACUUGACGAUGCUGUGAAGAUAUACAACCAGACGAAGGAUUCUGAGGACAAGAUUAAUCUGCACAUCACAUCCACAAUGAUCGACAUUUACACUAUCAUGGGUGAAUUUGGUGAAGCAGAGAAGCUGUAUUUAAAGAUGAAAUCUUCUGGAGUUAUCUUGGACAGGAUUGCCUUCAGUAUUGUGGUUCGGAUGUAUUUGAAAGCGGGUUCCUUGGAAGAUGCAUGCUCUGUUCUCGAGAUCAUGGAAGAGAAGCACAAGGACAUUGUUCCAGAUGUUUAUUUGUUCCGUGAUAUGCUUCGGAUAUAUCAAAAGUGUGGCCUGCAGGAUAAACUCGAGCAUCUGUACUACAAAAUCCGGAAGAGUGGAGUCAUAUGGGAUCAAGAGAUGUACAAUUGUGUCAUAAACUGCUGUUCCCGUGCUCUGCCCGUCGAUGAACUCACCAGAAUCUUCGAUGAGAUGAUUCAACGAGGGUUUAUUCCCAACACCAUCACAUUCAAUGUCUUGCUUAAUGUAUAUGGAAAAGCCAGGUUCUUCAAGAAGGCAAAGUCUGUUUUCUUAUUAGCCAGAAGGCACGGCCUAGUGGAUGUCAUCUCUUACAACACCAUCAUAGCCGCCUAUGGACAGAGCAAGGAUUUCACAAACAUGUCAUCAGCAGUUCGGAACAUGCAGUUUGAUGGCUUCUCAGUGUCCCUCGAGGCUUAUAACUCUAUGUUGAAUGCAUAUGGGAAGGAUCAUCAAAUGGAGAACUUCAGGAAUGUCUUGAAGAGAAUGAAAGAAACUAGCUGCAAAUCAGAUCAUUACACUUACAACAUCAUGAUCAAUAUCUACGGAGAGAAAGGAUGGAUCGAUGAAGUUACAGAGGUGCUGAGAGAACUAAAGGAAUCUGGAAUCGGUCCCGACCUGUGCAGCUAUAACACACUGAUAAAGGCAUACGGGAUUGCUGGAAUGGUCGAAGAAGCUGUUGGGUUGGUGAAGGAGAUGAGGGAGAAGGGGAUAGUGCCUGAUAACGUAACCUACACCAAUCUGAUAGCUGCUUUGCGCAGGAAUGAUGAGUUUCUUGAAGCUGUUAAAUGGUCUCUCUGGAUGAAGCAGAUGGGUAUCUGAUCUUUAAGGUUUUUGUUUUUCCAUUUUCUGUAAUGUCAAGGCUAAAAAGAAUCAUACAGAGAAAGACCAGCUAUGUUACACUUAUGAUCAGCCGGAUUCAUUGUAAUGGAGGGUUAAUUACUUC